AUGGGUAGGCAAUCUGUUGCUUCAGGGGGCUCUAAGCAGUCAAGCGUGAGUUCUACUGGGAGUAGGCGUGUGUUGGCAGCUGCUUCUAGAGCCAGGUUGGAAGCAAAAUUACAGAAGUUGGAAGAGCUGCAAGCCAUAGAGCGAGAGGAAGAAGCCUUAAGACAGAGGAGGGAGAAGCUUAGGUUGGAGGCAGAGAUAGCUGAGGUGGUGGCAGAGGAGAAGGUUUUACAACAAUUUGACGAAAAUAAUAGGGAAAUAGCUCCCGUCACUAGGAUAAGGGAACACAUAGACCCUGACAUGGACAGGAGUGAACAACCCAUGGGCUUAGGUGCAGUAGUGCCUGAAGUUAGCUCAGGUAGGAAUAACCAAGGGUUCUUAAGUAAUAAGGAAAUCUUGCAGACAUUAAUCUCUUGCAGCCUCAAAGGCUUGAUGCCCAAGCAGGAUAUGGCUAAGUUUGAUGGAGAUUAUACAAAGUACUUUAGGUUCAUCCGCUCAUUCGACGACAUAUUUAGCAGCCAGCUGACAAAUGAUAAGGAAAGGCUGAGGUAUCUGGAUUUAUACACAACAGGUAGGCCAAAUGAGAUAGUGGCAGCUUGCCUCCACUUAGAUGCUUCAGAGGGCUAUAGGCAGGCAAGAAAAUUGCUGGAGGAGCGAUACGGCAACCUUGAGCAAAUAGCCACCGCAUACGUGGAUAAGGAAGCAGAAGUGGUGGAACCAGAGAGCGCAAAUAGGGCCUUAGUGGUUCAGGGGGAAGUGUUGAGCACCUCCCGCAUACCUAUCGAUGAGUGUGAUGUGAUCAGGGCCGGAGAUCUGGAACGCUGGCCACAUCUGCGAGAAAUAGAUAUCCCAGAUGUGGAUGCCGAAGCGUUGGAGUUGGACCGCAUGCUGGUGGAAGAUUAUAAUAGAGACUUCCAGGACAUGGCAUCUCCCAAAAGGGAAAUGUCUGCAGAAGAUAAGAAAUGGCUAGAUCUAAUUCAUAGGGGGGUUAGAACUGUAGAGGGGGGUUAUGAGGUGCCACUGCCUCUGCGCGACAAUCUUGGACCCUUGCCAGAAACAAGAGACAUUGCAUUGCUCCGUAUGCACAGUCUUCGUAAGAAGCUAAUGAAGGAUGGUACCUACGCUAAGCAAUACAGUGCCUUCAUGACCGAGAUGCUACAGAAAGGAUAUGCUGAGCGAGUGACCUCAGCCAGCCAGGAAAAUGUAUGGUAUAUCCCUCAUUUGGGUGUGCAACAUCCAGACAAGCCAGACAAGUCCGUGUUGUAUUUGACUGUGCGAGCAGGGUGGAGGGCACGUCGUUGA